UUGUAGUGUGACAAUGCAAGCUAGGGACGCUAACAGCGGUGUUUAGACGGCUCAGCUUGUCGUUAGGCUAGCUAGCUAACGUUAGCCAACACCAGCUACUUACUAUUACAACGUCAGCAACAACAUAAGAUAAGCUCGUGGAGACAGCUGUUAUUUACUAUAGUAACCGUGAGAUUUAUAUCAGAAAGCAAUAACGUUAGUUCUUUCGUGACAACUAACGUUUUAAAUUAACGUGUAGUUUACGCCAAUGCCAGUUAGCCAGAAUGCUAUGGGUAUUUGAACUGUAUGUGUGUCACGACAGCAGGCGGACAAGCGGUGAUGUUUCACAGUAGAAAGUUUGGUAAUCGCUGUUUCGAAGCAGAGGUCAUGCAUGCAGCUGGGCCUCGACCCUACGUCUUGCACACCCCCUGCUCCUGAACCAGUGUGCUUCCAGUAGGUGGAGGCUCUUCCACCCUGUUGCCUCUGUUUCUCCCCACUGUCCCUGUCAGCCCCACAGGUCCCUAUGUUAACCAUCUUGAGCAUGUUUUAUUAUAUCUGUCUGCGGCGACGCUCCAGGAGUGGGACUCGAGGUGAGGCCCUGACCAGUCGGCGGGCUGUGGAGUCGGGCCAGCGGGCGGUGUUGCCGGUUAGUGUGGAGGUGGAGCAGUAUGCAAAGGAGGUUCUGGACUUCAGCUCCCACUAUGGGAGUGAGAAUAGCAUGUCCUAUACCAUGUGGAACCUGGCCGGGGUACCCAACGUGUACCCUAGCUCAGGGGACUUUACACAGACAGCUGUAUUCAGAUCAUACGGGAGGUGGUGGGAACAGUGUGCCAGCGCACCACAAGCUUUCCGUCGCACACCUAAAGGCUUCUACAGCCAGGACUAUAUUGAGCUGGGCUUUGAGGAACCAGUUUACCCUACAGCAGUGGAGGUGCUUGAGACAUAUUACCCUGGGGCCAUAGUCCAGAUAUUGGCCUGCUCUCACAACCCUUUCUCCCAGAACCCUCCUACAGAUGUCAGGUGGGAGGUUCUGUGGGCAGGGGACCCCACCAAGGUGCUCACGCCCCAGGCCCGGCAGUUUUCCCCUAACAUCAAGCACAUCAGCUUCCCCACCAACCUGCUGCGACUGGAGGUGAACAGCUCUCUGCUGGACUACUACACUGAGCUGGACGCCGUUAUCCUGCGCGGCGUGAAAGAGCGGCCCAUGCUGGCGCUCUAUAAGAUGCCCAUCAUCGACAUUAGUGACCUGAGUGACAGUGAAGAGGAGCUGUCUGAUGUUGGAGGCCAUUUGCGUGCUGAUGGCAAACACCACAGAACUGGAAACGGCUACUUUGACAAACUGCCAUAUGAGCUCAUCCAGCUGAUACUAAGCCACCUGACCUUGCCAGACCUCUGCCAUCUGGCCCAGACCUGUAAGCUGCUGCACCAGCACUGCUGCGACCCGCUGCAGUACACUCAGCUGAGUCUGCAGCCGUACUGGGCCCGGUUGAGUGACGCCUCUUUGGGACACCUGCAGAGCCGCUGCACUCUUCUCCAGAGGCUCAACCUGUCUUGGACUGGCAGCCGUGGCGCUCUCACCCUGAGCGGCUUCAGUGGUUUCAUGAAGGCUUGUGGUCUCAGUCUGGUCUGUUUGGAACUGUCCUGCUGCCACUUCCUGAAUGAGGCCUGUCUUGAGGUCAUCUCCCAGACUUGUCCAGUGCUGCAGGAGCUGAAUUUGUCCUCGUGUGACCGCCUCCACCCACAGGCCUUCAUUCACAUCUCCAAACUAUCCCGCCUCCGCAGACUGGUGCUUUACCGGACAAAGAUAGAGCAAACAGCGAUCCUGAGCAUCCUGACUUUCUGUGUGGAGCUGAGGCACCUCAACCUAGGGAGCUGUGUGAGGAUUGAGGACUAUGACGUUGUGGCCAGUAUGCUGGCCGCUCGCUGUCGCUUACUCUGCUCACUUGACCUAUGGCGCUGCAGAAACCUGACAGACCGAGGCCUGGCAGAGCUCGUCUCCGGCUGCAGGAUGCUGGAGGAGCUGGACCUGGGCUGGUGUCCCACACUGCAGAGCAGCACCGGAUGUUUCCAGCACCUCGCCCGCAGCCUGCCGCGCCUACAGAAACUUUUCCUCACUGCCAACCGCACCGUCUGUGACUCAGACAUAGAGGAGCUGGCUGCCAACUGCCCUUCGCUGCAACAUCUUGACAUACUGGGUACCCGUUUGGUGAGUGCUGCCUCGCUGAAAAAACUCCUCCAGUCGUGCCCUCAAAUACGCCUCCUGGACGUCUCUUUUUGCUCCCAAGUGGACACACGGGUCGUCCAGGAGCUCUCUGGCCUUUUUCCUAAUGUGGCCAUCAAGAAGAGCUUCACUCAGUGAGCGGAGCGCCGUCUCAUUCCUCAUUGUCCAGAAGAAGCCGAGCUGGGAGGUGCAUCAGCAAACACUGCCCCAGGGUGGAGGACAGUCAGGUUAGUUGUUGGAGAAGAUUGCCUGUCUGCCCCUGUAUUUCAGACAAGAUCUGCUUUUAGCAGUCAGUAAAUAAAGCAGAGGGGCUGGGUGAAGAGGUUCUUUGGAUUAACUGGAUCGACACACACCACGACUGAAGUCUCCAGGUUUUAGAAGCUGACAUUGUUUUGUUGUUUUAUUUUGGGAGACCUGAAAUCAGGGUUGCUGCAGUGACACGGCUACACCUGGAAUAUGAAUCAGCAUUUACACAACACAAGGAAGCAAGACACACAGAGCAACAUUUAUGAACAAUGCUCCUUUUGAACAUCUUGUUCGGGACAACGACAGUCCGACAGUUGUAGUAGGACUCAAUUGUCCCAUCGUCAUGUUAGCUGGUAACAUACAUCAGGGCCUUGGUCAGUGCCUUGUCACAAUAUGCAGCUAAUGACAGCAUCACUCAACUUCAAGCCAGUUUCAGAUUUAAUCAUACAAAAUCAUACUUGGUGUUGUUUUUGUAAGCAUGACUAGUGGACACAGCCUUAUUUCACACAGUGCACUAUGGACGGUGCCUGUGCAUGUAUCACAAGUUUAUUUGCGUUGCUGCGCAUAGAGUGCAAAGUCGCUAGAUCCACUGACGACGUGCUCUCAUCACAACAUACUGUAUGUGAGAUCUUGUCAGCAAACCUGAACGACAUAUAUUUUCAUUUACACAUACGCUAUAAAUUCAGCAAUGGAAAAACACCCAAGGCAUCAAAUCAACAACAGACACUGACUCAUAGAGAAUAAAGCUUUGAGGAUUAACACUUUAAUGGCGAAUACCAAAAGAGAAUGAUUUGUGAUUGUAUAAAAUGAGAAAUAUAAAAUCAGAUAUUGGAGGAGGAUGGAGUGAAAUGUUUAAAAGCACAUUGAUUGUUUUUAGUUAUAGUCAAUGUGCUGCUGUUAACACUACAGAGAUUGAUAUUUGAGUUAGAAAAUAGCUUUGAUUGAAGCAUAAACACACAAUGCAAACCCUAUGUUCGACUGAAGUUUUGUUGGUGAAGCAAACCUUUAGGUCAUUUGAAAUAUGUCUCCAUACUAAUUGCACUUGCUUUGGUCACACACACAUCACUGAUUAUGUUAGUGUUUUUUUUUUAUUUUUUUGCUUUUAAAAUGUGGACGCAGGAGUUUUGUGUCCAAAGUUGAGAUGUGAUUAAGAGUCAGCAGUUCCACCGGGCCUUCAUGCUGCUGCUGCAGGCUUUUCCUGUUGUUGUUCACACUAAGCCGUGCACUAAAUCACUGCUGUUUGAUCGAAGUCACUAUCGGUACGUAAUGGGAAGGAGUAAUGUGAAACAAGUCGUGCGUUGUGUUAAAAUGACAGAAGGUGGAAAUACUGUGUUUGACUUCUGUAUUUGUCCUGAAACUCAGGGGUUAUGUAUUUAUUCUUCUUUAAUUCUUUAUUUAUAUUUUAAUAUAAAGACCAGCACAACAGACACAUUAAUUGAGAGUAACACCAGACUGGGUCGUCUUUGAAGCUACCAGCCAGUGCUGUGAUUAAAUGGCAUAAGACUGAUAAUUAUUAGCACUGAAUGAAGGCAGAAUUCUCACAUAUUGAGUGUUGAAUGUUGCAGUAUUUGUAUAUUUGUAAAAGAUUUGUUGCAAUUUCUUAUUUAAUUUUUGUAAUAUAUAUUAGCGCUUAAAAAGCAUUUCUUUUUUUUUUGAAAAAAACAAAAACAAAACAAAUCAACUUGACCUUUUCUUUUAAGCACAUGCUAUUAGUCAAUAUUUGUGCCUUAUACUCCAGUUUGAAUGUGGUGUGGAGUCCAUGUGGUAUAGACUGUGGUGAAGUCCUUUGCUUUUAUGCUCUUCAACCAAAGUAAGGCACAUAACCCUGGUCGUUAGUCCCCUACCACUCCUGACCAAUUUAAACGCCAUACACUAUAAAUCAGCCAUGUUAUUAUUAUGCACAACAAUCUGUUUACUUUAGUGAGUGAUUCAAAAUGUAAUCGUUAUGCAUAUAUAAACAGCAAUAUAUAAAUCAGGAAAACCCUCCUCUGUGCAGAGACUGAAAGCCAGACAGUAACAGUAAAGUCCAGCACUGUUUUACAUUUAGACAUGUGUCACUUUGCUGUGGAUGCUGCUCCUCUAUGCUAAUGUGGGCUUCACAGCUGACUGAGCAGGUUUGUUUACAGUGUGUGGCAUAUUAAAACGCAGAUGACACUGAAACAUAGUACAGGACCUUCAUAUGAUGCAAAUUAUGGUACUUCGAACAGAAAUGGACAGGUGAGGCUUAGUGCAUCGUUAUUAUAACUGGUUGGCUCAGUUGACUAUUGCAACACAAGGAACCAAUGUAUGUAAAAUUAAACACCACUCAGAGGUCACUGUUUAACUAAUUCCCCACUUACUCGUACUCCUUUCUGAGAUGACUCUGCUUUUCUGUAAUGAAUAUGCAUCCUCCCAGUCUGAAUGUGUGAUCAUCCUUUGUGCCACUGGUGGAACGCUGCGCUACAGUGUGUGUGUGUGGGGGGGGGGGGGACUGUGCCUCUGUCACAAAGAAACUGGGUGCCUCACUUUCACCAGACUUGAAAUAAAAGUAACGGCUGCAGACUGAUGCUGCAGGCCCCGUGCCUGCACGCCUCCUCUCCUUCUUAGUCCCGCUCCUACCAUCCUGCAUAGUGCCCGCGCCGCCGCUAAUACGCCCGCUAAUAUUCAAUUUUCUCUUAUUCUUCAGCUUCAGUGAACAGUAUCACAACGUUAACACAUGUAAAUGACUCCUGCCGAGGCUUCGUAAGUAGAUGUGUGUAAGUGUGAUGGCAAGAAAAGUAGGGUCAUCAACAGAAUCCACAACAACUAGCUAAGCCAUUAGUCAGUAUGACUGACUGGAUAGUAGCGGCGGAAUGAUCCUUUUUUCCUUAACCCUCUGCCAUUUUACAGUCUAUUAAUACCACAGGGAGAAGUGACAUUAGCUUGUCUUCUUAACGGCCUUUUAAUGAAUUGUUUAUGCCUGGUUUAAUGAUGUAUAUUGUGGCCCUGUAAUGUGCCCUAAUGACGGAGAACGAGGCGGCCUCAGCUGAAGUAUUAAUUUGAGCUGCCUCCCCAAUGAUUAUUCCUCAGCCGCUAACGCCAUCACCGCUGCCUUUGCCGCCGCCGUUGCCGUGCGUUCGGAUGCAAACGUGAUUCAUGGAGGCUUUCCGCUCGGCGCUACAGCUUGAUUUCUCGCUGUCGCGCUCCUUCGCGAGGCUGAUAUAUCCAGGGGGGAUCCGCAGCAAUUAGUUCGGCUUUUUAUUUGUCUUUCAAUAGCUUACAGACGCUGCCUGAUGAAUCUGCGGGGGGAAUAUAUGGAUGGGAAUAUUGUUCGUGAAUAAUAAAUCCAGCGUUGGAAUGUAAACAAGAGCAGGGUUGGCACACGGAUGAUCCAUACCUCCUUUCCCCCCGCCUUUGCUUUCUCAUACCUUGACAAACAUGGCGGCACCCUGCGGUGUGGUAAUAGUGGUGUCUUCAGUGAGACCUGUCUGCGUGGCGCUGUGGUCUGCCUGCUCUGAGCCCUCCUCAGGCCUCAGACCUGCCUGAGGGAGGCCUCACUGUGAUACCCUUCAUUAUGUGGCUUGCUGUUCCUUCUCUAGUUUCCCAGCUUAGACUCUAAUAAUGAAGAUAUCCCCGUCAGCCCUCGCUCGGCUGUGUCUGGGGCGUAUUAUUUUUGUCAUUAUUUGUUACAGGGAUUCAGAGAAUGUCAGCACACAGUUUCUUAAAUCCAUCUAAAUACUAUAAUCCAAAGGUUGGUUUUCCACAGUACAAAUAUAGUGAUUCUUUGGCCAAAUCCAUACGGGUAGUUGUUUCACUCCCACCAGUUGUAGAAUUGUGAUAUCUUCCCAUAAUUACUGUAAAUGAGUCACACCACAGAUGAAGCAAUUUUGUUACCCUAAAACCCUCAAAAUUAGGACUAGGUAUUUUCUAAAUCCCAUUGUUUCUUAUUGCAGCAGGUCUUUGCUCGUUCCCUUGUCUUCAUUCCAGGUCAGAGCUUUUCAGCCUCUUCCACACGAGACCUCUUAAAAUGUAGCAGCAUCAUAGUGGAGCAGGUUAUUGCUGUACCUAUGUGUAUGUGAGUGAUAGGAGGUGUCCGUCUCAGAAUGUUUCAUUUGAAACGGUGAACGUUUGUUGGAUAUCACGAGAUAAAAAAUAAUGGGGUAAAAAAGUCUAAAAUAAUUUUUUGUCAUGUUUUAUUGUCACUGCCACAUCGACAAUCUUGUGUUCUGCCAUAAAGACAUUCAGCGCAUUUUCCAAUAACACAGACUUAGGGGCCCAGACAAGACAAGACAAGUGUUGCCGGUAGAUACUGAUCUUGAUCACAGCGUUGUUUCCUUGGAAUAGAACAAAAAUGGGGGGAAAUUAAAGCAUGUGUGAGUUAAAUGUGAAGUAGUGAGAGGUUUGUAAAGAUUGCCUAACAAUGCGCUUUUAAAUAAAGUUUAGUUUUGUCUGUAUUUAUCAUUUGGUGAGAACCUUUAGGCACAAUUGAAAGCUUUUAAAGUUGGGGACCCUAAUAAGAGUGUUAUCGGGUCUUGGAGUAACGCUUUGCUAGCCACGUUUUAGUGCCUAAACCUUCCUGGGCGGUGUCCAUGUGAAGCUCCGUGGCAAAACGGCCUCGCCGCGAGACGAGCGUGUCUCACAAACAGGCCGAGCAAUUACAGGCUGAAUAAUUACGCACUGAAGGGGAGACACGAUUCACCCCGCUGAUCAGCAAAGUUCACGUGAAGUUAUAAUUAAACAAUAACUCGUUUACAAAUGAACGCUCACGCGUGUUUGUGUGCUUAAGUGUGCAGAGUAUAAUUAGCUGCGAUGCAUCGCGGUGAAAUUGAAGAACAACAAUGUCAAAUGGUGAAAUUAUGUUCAGCCCGUGAGCCGGCACCAGUGUUGUCUGUGUGCUGGGGGAGGAGGAGGGGGGAGCCGAGAGGAAGAGCAAUUGGACGAGCGAUUGCUCCAGAAGGAUGAUUCAUCUUCACAUGAUUCAGAGAUGGACAUGAUGUUUGACAGGGGGACUUCGUACAAAGGACAUUAGAUUAAGAUCUCGAGGGAUAAAUAAAGUUAGCAAAAAAAAUAUUUGUCCAUCACGAUUAGACCCCAGGAAUCCACACAGUGUUAAAUUACAUGAUGUGCUCUGAGUAACAUCAUGUCUAAAAGUUGGAGAAUCGGAUCAUUGCUAAUAAAACUUGUUUGUGCCUCAUACAGCAGUGAGUACAUCAUAUAACCCGCCCACUUCAUUACCCUGUUGCUGGAAGCUCAGACCUCCUCCUCAGUAUAAAAACAGUAGAAUUUCUGAUCACGGGUUUACUCAUGCAGAGAUUUUAAUAUAAGCUAGACAGGAAGACAUGAGGAAAAGAGUGUAAUAAUCCACAUAAUCUGAUAAAAACGUGCAUUAAAGACUUCCGAUGUGAGCAAGGUCUUUAUUUGCAGAGGGACACCUUGUAAUGUUACAUACAGAUCCAGUGAUUACCUCAAAUUGAGCUCUAGUUUGUUUACUCUUGUUUAAUCUAGGACAUAGUUUGUUUAUCAGUUCAAUAGUUCAGUUGGACCUUUUAUAACAAAAAUUAGACAACUCUUCUAUCACGUUACGGCACGGCAGUCACCAGCCUGCACAAUAACACCACCUCAAAACAGAAGCAGCCAAAGGGGAGUUUACAGUUUUCGUUUAAUGAGGACAAAUAGAGAAAAGCAAAAAACCGACCAGAAGCCAGAACAAAACCUGAACGGACCGUGUCUAUCGCUCAUACACUGUAUGUUGAGCUCUGUGUUUGUAGAGGAGUUGUUAAGUGUUGUUAAGUGACAAAAUCCAGUUUUUAAAUUUAUUUUAAGUGACCUCUCCGUCCGUCGAUCAGUUGUGGGAUCCAUUUGCCACAGAAGUAGAGAUGCUCAAAACAUUUUAAAAAGCAGAACAUUUCCAAGGAAUGUGGCGUUUACUGAUCCUGGGACACUGUGGAUUUGAUAAAUCCAGUGUUCGUCUCUUGUGUAAUGUUCAGUAAAUCCAGGGCUGUUCUGCUAAUACUGGUAAUAAAGAGCGAGCUGAGUUUAAGCACAGCUGCCGUGACUCUGGCCAUAUCGCCCUGAUCACAGUCACACUCGGCGUCCGUUUCCAUAUUGAACCGCGUCAGAUAUUCUCAGGCUCCUUGUAUGAGAAUAAAGUCAGCAGAGGUUCAGAGGGAAGAACAAAACACAAAACCAUGUAUGACGCCGUCGCACACGGCAACAGGUCUGUUCCACAGAAUGCACGUUGUGUAGUCUCUCACAUUCGGAUGUGAUUUCAUGGCUGUGUGUAACAUGUUUAAUUAGUCCUUUUUUCUAUCCUUUGCUCCAUCCCACAGCAAAAUCUACCCACCUCUAACAGUAUGUCUCUGAGAGCGUGGGAUGGGUAGACGCGUGUCUGUCACAAGCUGCUUAACUGUUUCCUGUGAAAGGACCUUUAAAUAACUACAGUAAACAUUAUAAUAAACACUUAAUUAUC